UGUUUAAGUAAACAAAGUUGUGAAAAAAAACAAAAAAAAUGAAUAGUAUUUGCCAUGGCAAGCCUAAACUGCUGAAAACAAACUUUGCUGGGGGGCUAAGGCAGCCACCAUUCACGUAAAUAAUAACUACCCUAGAGCUUUCCUUGCCAUGACAAGAGGCUAACUGCUGGAAAUACUCUUACACCAUUACAAUGAAGAUGUUCUGCGACUAGAUCAAGUAUUUUAUUUCUUCCCCGCACAAAAAUUGACAAGGAUCAAUAAUCCAUCCACCUAAAGCCAAAAAAACCCACAAGUACCAUUCCCGCCACGUCAACCCACGCAACCCGGGCCCCACCACCUUCCCAGUUGACCACAAAGCACCCGAGAGUUGCAGUACAACAAACCGUCUCCCCCAGUCGUGCCUGUCCUUUCGUUACGGCCGUACGCAGACGAACCCGUUUGCUUUUCUCCGUAACGGAAAUACGGAAUCCAUUAAUUUAAUCACUUCCACUUAAUCAUUGAUUAUCUCCCUAAUUAAUUCUCCCCCACAAAACAAAACAAAAAAAAUCUUCAAGUUGUAAACUACACCAAGUGAUUCAAACCUCUGGGGAAGGUCGUUUCUCUUCCCCUCUCUCUCUACCUUCUCUCCUCCUCCCAUAUUUUUAAUUUCUUCAUCCCCCAUCAGAAUUUCGUUAUCAGUUUCUCAGCAAUGGCGUCACUUCUCUCCACCACCACGCAAACCCCUGCAAACCACACAAAUAUUGCACAAGGCCUGUAUGCUGACCAGGUUCUUCUUCUUUCCUUCUCCGAGCUCCUGGCCAACAUGGACUUAACGUGGAUGGCGGAUUUUCUCAAGGGCAUGGUGAAGCCGCUAGCCGCGACGGUGGUGGUGCUGUUGGCGGUGGCCUUGUCCUUCAUGCAGAAGCUGGGUUUGGGUGGAGAGAUGAUUUACUCCAUUGCUAGGGCCUUUGUCCAGCUCUCCAUUAUUGGGUUCGUUCUGCAGUUCAUUUUCACUCGGGACAAUGCUGCUUGGAUCAUUCUGGCUUACCUUUUCAUGGUAACUGUGGCUGGUUACACAGCAGGCCAAAGGGCUAAGCAUGUCCCUAGAGGGAAGUAUGUUGCUGGGGCUUCCAUAUUGGCUGGAACCUCAGUCACAAUGCUCCUGCUUGUUUUGCUCAGAGUCUUCCCAUUCACUCCAAGAUACAUCAUCCCUGUUGCAGGAAUGAUGGUAGGAAAUUCAAUGACAGUAACCGGGGUUACAAUGAAAAGACUUCGCGACGAUAUUCGAACUCAAAUGAAUCUGGUAGAGACAGCAUUGGCUCUCGGGGCCACCCCGCGCCAAGCAACACUUCAGCAGGUGAAGAGAGCUUUGGUGAUUUCCCUGUCUCCGGUUCUGGACAAUGCGAAAACCGUGGGUCUCAUCUCGCUUCCCGGUGCCAUGACGGGGCUUAUAAUGGGAGGAGCUUCUCCUCUGGAGGCCAUUCAGCUACAGAUAGUUGUGAUGAACUUUCUCAUUGGUGCAUCUACAGUUAGCAGCAUCUUGUCAACAUAUCUGUGUUGGCCUGCCUUCUUUACUAAAGCUUAUCAGUUAGAGACCAAGGUCUUCUCCUCAGAAUGAGGAUUUUAUAGUGCCCUUAAUUACAAAAUACUGAUUGAAAAAUGCACAAAAUUAGGCCUCCCAAGGCACACUUGAGGGUCUAGUAGCUAUGUAGUGUAGCCAUAUUUGAAGUGUUAGAUUGUACAAUGUCUAUCAAUCGGUCACUCUGUUUCUCUCGGUGACAAAAAUAUGCAUCCGUGAUGUUGUUUAAUUAUUUUGGGCCAUAAUAAACAUAUACUUGGAAAAA